AUGGUGUCUCGCGCUAUCCCCCAACGGGAACUGCCGCCAUUCCCCGCCAUCGGGAGCCCUCGUCAACUAUAUAGUCUGGACGGUGCGUCGCUCGACCACCUCUCUCUCCUUUCCCACGGCCGUACGUUCUCCUCAGCUCGCGAGCGCGGACGCCACUGCUCCGGCCCCCUGCAUUUCGGAAAUGACCGUUCCCACAAGGAGUACUUCGCCCCCUUCGCUCCCCACUCGUGUCACUACGAAGUCGCUGGCAUCCACCGACUGAUUCGACAUCCGCCGCGUGAGACGCUGAUCUUUCCUACAUGGAGGCAUGCGACAGGGCUUGCGAGGUGUCCUCGUCUGCCUAAAUUGGCCGCCCCCAAAUGGUCUCCUGGCCAUUGGGAGUUGCCUAUUUCAGCCCGGUUCAAACCUCUUACAGCAAUCUUUCCUAUUUUGGGAACCGCAUACAGCCCGUGUCUCAUUUCCGAGGCAGGACUAUGA